UAGGCCUAUAUGACGGGAGGUUUCUCUGUAGUUCCAAUCAGUUCCCACACUCCUUGAAUGCAGCAUCUGACGCGUGCACGUUACAGCGCGCACGCCAAGGGAGGACCAGGGGAGGACCAGGGGAGGACCCAGUCUAUGGGAGGACCCUGAUCCAAAUUUGCAUCACGGAGGGUGGGACGUCUGGGCAGCUGGUAGUUAUAAACUGUAUUUCCCUGGUCCUGUGACGCCUCCACCUCUUGUCGAGCUUCAAACCGUCUUCAGCACAGUUUCUUGACCUCUCAAGAUCCACACUCACCCACUCUACUCUACAAUGGCAGCGAUUGGAAACAGAGGAACAUUAACUGAGGCAGCUGGUUUCGACCCGGAGGCAGAUGCCCAGCGGCUCAGAGGAGCCAUGAAGGGAGCUGGCACUGAUGAGGCAGCUGUCACUGAGGUCCUAGCUCACCGAACUAAUGCCCAGAGGCAGCGCAUCAAAGAGGCCUUCAAGCAAGCUGUGGGGAAGGACCUGGCUGAUGAGCUGUCCUCGGAGCUGAGUGGGAACUUCAGGAGCGUUGUUCUCGGUCUGCUGAUGCUGGCACCGGUGUAUGAUGCCUACGAGCUGAGGCAGGCCAUGAAGGGCGCUGGGACAGAGGAGGCCGCUCUCAUUGAUAUUCUCGCUUCAAGGACGAACGCUGAAAUGAAAACCAUCACUGCUUUCUACAAGAAAGAGCAUGGGAAAAGCUUGGAGGACGCUGUGUGUGGGGACACAUCUGGCAUGUUUCAGAGGGUUUUGGUCUCAUUACUCACGGCUGGGAGGGAUGAAAGUGACAAAGUGGAUGAGGCCCAGGCUGUCCUAGAUGCCAAGGAAAUCUAUGAGGCUGGUGAGGCUCGGUGGGGCACGGAUGAGGUGAAAUUCCUCACGGUGCUUUGUGUGAGGAACCAGAAACAUCUUCUGCGAGUGUUCGAGGAGUAUCAGAAGGUCUCUGGGAGAGACAUCGAGGACAGCAUUAAGAGGGAGAUGUCUGGCUGUCUUGAGGAUGUCUUUCUGGCCAUAGUGAAAUGCAUAAAGAACAAGCCUGCGUUUUUUGCCGAGAGGUUAUACAAAUCAAUGAAGGGGCUUGGCACCACAGAUAGUGUCCUCAUCAGAAUAAUGGUGGCCAGGGCGGAGAUUGACAUGUUGGACAUCAAAGCGCAGUUCCUGAAGAUGUAUGGCAAGACUCUCCACUCCUUCAUCAAGGGAGACACGUCUGGAGACUACCGCAAAAUCCUGCUUGAUCUGUGUGGAGGCGAGUAGAGAAUCCUCAGCUGCAUACAGCUCCGCCUUUACUCUGGAGAUGAUGAUAGCAGCUUUAUUUCUCUGUUGAAUAAUUCCUGUAUCUUUACUUGUCUUCUUCUUUGGCCUCCACAUUUCAUGGAUUGACCGCAGUGCCUUGUUUUAUUGUUUGUACUGUAAUACAAAUUAAACCAAAGACCAGUGACCUUUUA